CUCAGAAGUCGGUCCUGGGGCUAUGUGCAUAUUGAGGCGUUGCACAAAGCCAUCUAGCGGGUAGUUGAAUUCACAUUCACACAGCAAGUCUUGCGCCCAGCUCUGAGCAAGCCUGUGGAGAGCAGGCGCAGGUCAUUCCAUGUCUCUCCUCCGACCCUCUUGCGCCAUCGCGCGACGAGUGUGUACCUCACGGGCACCGACUGAGGCCGCAACGAGAUCGCCCAUCCUCUCGCUACUCUGGAGACACGCCGCAUCACGGCCACAAUGCCGCUCCUUCUGGCACACCCCGCGCGUCUCAGCGAGGAUCAUCGACACGCCCCAGAACCCGAGCAGGCCACAGCAGCAGAAGCACCCCGCGCGCACAGUGCGGAUAGGGCCACUGCCAGGCGGUCGAGUCAGUGACGAUGUGAUACGGCGCAUAUUCGGGCGAAGACUAUCACCAGCAGAAGGCAACAACGUACUGCGCAUCCUGCACCACCGCCGCACCGCCGGCUCGCUGGCCGACUACGGCGUCGACAACCUGGGCAACCAGUACACGCACGUCGACCGCGCGCUAGCCCUCAAAGGCCUCAGCUGGCUGCGCGAGAAGUAUCCCGUCGACGAGGCCGUCGCAGCAGAGCAAUGGGCCGAGAAGGAGGCGAACCGCAUCUCCUACGAGCUCUGGCUCGCCGACCCGGAAACCGAGUCCAAGUACAAGGACCCCGCGCGCGCCUUCCGCGAGCAGAUGCAGAAGGAGGAGGAAGAGCGGCAGCAGCAGGCCCUCGACGACCAGAAGAUCGGCAUCCUGCAUGUCGGCAAGAGUCAGUUUGAGCGCAACAUCGAGGAGAAGCGGCAGGCGCGCUUGGCCGCGGUCACGAGGAAGGCCGAGCUCAAGGAGCAGAGGGAGAAGGAGAUGGAGGCCCAGCUCGCGACGGGAGAGUGGGUCAAGACGCCGAGUGGAAAGCAGCUCAUGAAGCCGCAUCAGACGACGUAUAUCGAUGUGUUUGGUAACGAGCAGAUCAGCCGCAGGAGUGAGGAGAGGGCCAAGUACGAACAGCAGGCUGUGACAGGUUUCAAGGACGAGACGGAGAUGCUCUCCAAGACGACCCUCGCCCAACGCCUCUACCCAAUGACCGCCUUCGUCAUCCUCGUCUCGCUCCUCUCCUGGGGCUUCGCACACUACUACAGCCCUCCAUCCCCCGAGUACCGCAUCUUCCCCGACCUGUCCCCUACGACCGCCACCAUGGCCGCCUUGCUCGGCGCCAACAUGCUCGUCGCCGUCGCCUGGCGCAUCAUGCCCCUCUGGCCGUUCAUGACGCGCUACUUCAUGCACGUGCCUGGCUACCCGCGCGCCGUGCAAUCCGUGCUCAACGUCUUCAGCCAUGUGCAGUACGAGCACCUCCUCGCCAACAUGAUGAUGUUGUGUCUCGUUGGUCCCGUGUGCCAUGAUCUCGUCGGCAGGGGGCUGUUCGUGGGGACGUAUAUUUCUGCCGGCGCAGUCGGGACGCUCGCGUCUUUGUACUGGGCCAACCUCGGCCGUGGCAGUAUUACCGCGCAUUCCGUUGGUGCUUCGGCGGCCAUCUGGGGUAUUGCCGCGCUGUACUGCCUUCUCACUGAUGCGGAGACGGUCAAGAUUCCCCUCUUGAAGGAUGCGGAAGUCAGCUUCUGGCCGAAAAUGCUCUUCGCUGCUUUCGUUGUGCUGGAGAUCCACAAUGCUCUCAGGGGCAAGAAGGCCACCAUGGACCACGCCAGUCACUUUGGUGGCAUGUUGGUUGGUAUGGGGACGGCGGGGUAUUUGAGGUAUACGGGGUUCAAGCAGAGUGUGCCGGGGUUGCAGAGCCAGGCUAGCAUCGAUGCGAAGAAGGUCGAUGUGGGUGCGAUUGUUAGCGAGGGUGCCGGGGAGAUCAAGGAUGGGGUGAAGAAGAUCGUUAAGUAGGC